AGUUUCAUAAGACUUAGUGGGAUGAAAGAGCCUCCUAGAUCUAUCUUAUCUACAUUCAAAUGUUAACCCUUGUGAUGGCUAACAAGACCGGUUGACUCUUUGUUUGACAGCAGUGCUCUGAAGCCUUCUCUGUCUCUAAAAACUACAUUGGAUGGCUUAAUCUGUCACUCAACUAUCCAGGGGGUGGUGUAUUCCUAUGGGAAAACAUAUUCUGAGAUUUGCCAGCCAACACUUUCACUGCAGUUCGUUUGACUUGGCUUGCUUGAAACUCCCUGAUCGGUUCUUGGGACUCAUGUUGGAGAGUCAAUCUAAGAGAGCUGGGAAACCUUUGCACACUUUGCAAUUUUUUCUUUCAACUUUUGUGGACUCAGAAAAAUGCUCAGAUCAUUGACAUUACUACAAGCUACUGAGAAGCAGUUUUUUAAACAAUUUUCCGCCCAGGAGCGUGUGGCUGAUACCUUUUUCGUGUCUGAUUGCGAGCUUUCAACUGUGACCAGUAGAACAGCCGGGAAUGUUCAGACCUGGGCAAUUUGUAUAGAGCAGAUUUUUUUCAAGCUGUUUUGUCUAUUUCAUCUGAUUGGAAAAACUCUUCGGAUUCAAAGUAAAAUUUACCCUACUGAGAAUCCUAGACCCAGAAGAGGGUGUAGGAUUUCCUGAAAAGAGGGCACAGGUAGGGUCAAAAUGCCAAAAGAUAUUUGAAGAUGCAAAAGGGGAAACUGGAGAUGGAUAUACUCAGGAACAAAAGGAGUUUUGGGAAAGUGGAAUAGAAGCAACUACACCUAAUUUCAAUGUAACCCAAUGCUUUCAGUCUCUAAAAGAUUAACACGGAUGCCAUGGUCAAUCCAACCACCACGGUAAGAAAUAUUACCUGUGAUCUGCAAAAGCAAGAUCUUACAGGUGAAUAAGGUGAUGUCCAUCCUGUUCUGUGUGAUGUUUCUUCCUUAUCUUUGUGGCAUCCACGCUACCACCAUGGAUAAAAGGAAUUUGCCAGAAAGUUCUGUAAAUUCUCUAUUUAUUAAACUCAUGCAAGCAGAUCUUCUUAAAAAUAAGAUUCCCAAACCAGUGGUCAACACCAAGGAAAUCAAGCAGCAAAGUACAAUACCAAAAGCAGAAAUACUUGACGUGGACAUGGUUGACAAUGGAAAGUCUGACUUCCAGCCAGUCAUCUCAAUAGAAGCCGAGCUGUUUAAGCAUCAAAGACAAAAACGCUAUAACUCACCACGUGUGCUUUUAAGUGAUAGUCUUCCCUUGGAACCACCACCUUUGUAUCUUAUGGAUGAUUUUAUUGGACACUCUUCGUCUUCCAACAGAACCUCAAGGAGGAAAAGAUUUGCAGACCACAAAAGUCACCGAGGGGAAUAUUCCGUGUGUGAUAGUGAAAGUUUAUGGGUCACAGAUAAGUCGAAUGCAGUUGACAUUCGGGGGCACCAAGUAACUGUUUUGGGUGAAAUUAAGACUGGAAAUUCACCCGUCAAGCAAUAUUUUUAUGAAACCAGAUGUAAAGACGCAAGACCUGUCAAAAAUGGGUGCCGAGGCAUUGAUGACAAACACUGGAAUUCUCAAUGUAAAACAUCCCAAACUUAUGUCCGUGCAUUGACUUCAGAAAAUAAUAAACUGGUGGGUUGGCGAUGGAUAAGAAUAGACACAUCUUGUGUGUGUGCAUUAUCAAGGAAAAUAGGAAGAACAUAGCUUUGACUUUUCACUAUAUAAAUUAUUACUUUAAAUUAUAUAAUAUGCAUGUAGCAUAUAAAUGUCUAUAUUGUUUAUAUAUUAUAAGAUGUUCUUAUUUAUUAAAUUUCAGUAAACAUAUAUAAGCUUUAUCUCCUCUCCA